AUGUCUUCCAGGAUGCCGUCGUCUUCGAUGUACUCGACGUCGGUACAUCCAUCUCCAUCACGACCCGGUAUUCCCUCAGCUUCAUCAUCCACGACCAGUCUCCAGGCCUCCUCAACUAAUACGCUCUCACCUGCUCCUGGUGUCGUUACUGUUGAAGCAUACCUGGCCCAACAUUCUGCGGCCUCCGAUCCGAAACUCGCUGCACUGGAACAGUCGUUGAAUGAACGUAAUACUCUGUCACUGCAAAACGCCCAGCUCUGGAAGCUCAUUGAGAAACAACGCUCGGGGUACAAUCAAAUUUUGAAGGAGCUGGAACGUGUGCGAGGCGAGCGGGAUGGCGACCGGCGGCAUCGAAACCAUGACAGAACCCACCAGCUUGCCCCAGCUCCGUCGGGAAGUCCUGUUCCUUCCAGCGAAGGCGGGUCGUUGAAUGAAGAACAUACGUCUGAUACAAAGCACGGUACGCACAAGCACCGCUCUGACGAGCAAGCGACACCACGACUACCAUCCCAUUCCCUGAGUUCCCAAGAGCCCGUAUUUCCCAAUCAGUCUUCCUCGUCGUUUUCUUUGCGUACGGGACCACCAUCUCUGUCUCCACUGGUUGUUCCUCCACGAUCAGAAUCUCUUCCUGUACUCGCCUCCAUCAUAUCAGCUCCUCAGGAGACAGCACCUCUCCAGCAGCAGCAACCUCACCAUGUAUAUACGGAUUCUGUUGUCAGCAACAACUCUGCCAGUUCGACUACGAGUACACCAGACCGGCCUCAGGCCUAUGCGCGCAAGUCCAGUAUUACAGAGAGUAUAUCAAGUGUCAGCACGGCUGGCAAUGGCACAUCAUUCUCGUCAACAAUGCCGCCUCAACAGAGCUCGCAUUCACCUUCGUAUCAUGCUGGUUUUACGCCACAGACGGCGCCUGCCGGUUUCAUAUCUCCCCCAAUACACACACCUCCAGUCCAGCAGCCUAGCGUAGUCAUCUACAACUCCCCAACCACUCCCGUGCCACCCUCUCAGCCUCAGCCAAGUUCUUCCUCUGUACUUUCUGUUGAUGCCCGGCAACUUUCACGAGAAUCUCGUAUCACUCUUCCAGAUGAAGCGAGAAAUUAUAUCACAAACAUGGUCGAUUCUCCCGUUCCGAGUCCAAGAUCGAAUGAUACUUUCACCGCUACCAAUUCCCCUCUGGCUGAAAGUGCCAAUGGUGAUGGAGCUCCUGAUUCCCGCUAUUCUGAUCGUAUAAUGUCGGAUAACCAAAAGAAAGGCGAGUUUCUUGAUAUGGAUGAGGAGGAUCCUCUGGAUGACGACGAGGAAGAAGAGGAUGCAGAUGAAAGGGACGCGUACGAUGCAGUUGAGCCCGGAAACUCGGGCCCUACUCCGGUCCAAUCGACAUCUCCGGUGCCACCGCAUAGCCGGAAAAACAAGCCUCGAGCAGCUGCUGAAGACUUUCCACUACCACCAUCCUAUACCAACUCGCAGAAACAAACGCAGGCUGUUGCCCGGGCGCGUGCUGCAGCAGCAGUUUCGUCUCCACAGCGUCCCAGUGGCUACGAUUACCCUGAUCCUGACCAAGCACAAGGACAGCCACUACAACAAGAUAUGCGAGAGACGCCCAAUGUACCUGCGUUCCGUGCCCUUCCCUUACUCUCCACAGAUCUUCCUCGUACAACCAUCAAUGUGUCGCAUUCCUUUGUCAGGCCAAAUGACCGCGGCAAAGAAGUUCUUUCAUUCGUAGUGGAAGUCAACCCUGGCAGCGGCAAGGACGGAUGGAAGGUGGAGAAGAUGUACUCGGACGUUCUGAACCUAGAUCAGAGGGUGCGAAGCAGCGUCGGGAAAGGCGUUGGUAAGAAGAUUGCGAGCUUGCCGGAAGGGAAGCUCUGGAAAGACCAUGCACCGGCUAAAGUCGACCAGCGGAAGGCCGUUCUUCAAAACUACCUUCAAACUCUGAUCAAACUACCGGUGAAGAAUAACGAUGAAGUGAUUGCGUUCUUCACGUCUGACAUCAUGCGCGAGAUGAAUCAGCCUGUGAUGCAAGCCGGACACAAAGAAGGGUAUUUGACUAAACGUGGCAAGAACUUUGGGGGAUGGAAAACCCGGUACUUUGUUCUGCAGGGACCUGUGUUGGAAUACUAUGAUUGUCGUGGUGGAGCACAUCUGGGCUCAAUAACAGUCACAGGAGCUCAGAUAGGUCGACAACAGCGGACAGAACGGCCUACGACUACGGAUGAAGAAAAAGAGUACCGACAUGCGUUUCUCAUUGUCGAAGCCAAAAAGGGGCAAGGGGGAAACCAUCCGCGACAUGUCUUGUGCGCAGAAAGUGAUGCCGACCGUGACAGCUGGGUUGAGAUGCUGGUGCGGUACUUUUCAGGGACAUACAGCGAAGAAGCAGUACCAUAUUCCUCGACCUCCUCGAGUUCGGGACCGUACACAAACGGCAGCACGUCGGCGACCCUGAGCGAAGGAUCAUCGAUAUCGACAUCUGCGCCGGUGCCUGUGCGGCGGCCUGUACGAGGCGUGUCGAAGGACGACAUCUCUGUUUCCAAACAGGCUGCAGUGCCGAUCUCCCGACUUGCGCCGGACGCCUCUAACGCGAAGCUCUUUACAGGUCCGGUGUUGCCGGACGAAUACAAUACUGUCACGCGAUCCUCGAGUCCGUCCAAAUCUGUCCAGGAAGCAUCUCCUACUGAGCGGUAUCCCGGGCCAGCCAUUUCGGAUGCGCAGAAUGCGCGUCGUAUUCUAGAACGGGGGCAGGGACUUGCAUCAAGUUUACCUGACUCUUCACCUCUGACCAGUGCAAGUGGGGCUAGCGGAACGGAUCGUUCGCAUUCUGAGUUGGGACACUACUCCGACAUGCCUCGAACAACGCGCUCUCCAGAACGUCAUCGCGAGCGAGACCAAAAGUCGUUGCAUCCUUCGCCUACGCCUGACCGCGACCGAGCACCUUCACCUGAGGGGAAGGUGAAGAUAUCUGGGCCGUUGAAUGGCGCCCCGAUUCCAGCUGGGUACAAGUUUGGAUCCGGGAGAGAUCCACAGGGCGAGUCGGGGAGUGAUCGACGAGAGAAGGCCAAGUCGAGAGGCUUCUGGGGCUUUGGUAGGCCGAAUGGUGCGGAAAAGCCGCCUUUACCGCGACCGGUGUUUGGAGUGACUUUGGAAGAAUCACUGGAGGUUUCGUCAGUAGCGCACCUUCCUUCGAUCGUGUUCCGCGCGAUACAGUACCUGGAAGCGAAAAACGCAGAACAGGAGGAGGGCAUCUAUCGCCUGAGUGGAAGCUCUGCUGUGAUUAAGAAUCUCAAGGACAUGUUCAAUGCAGAGGGCGAUAUAGAUUUGUUGGCAUCUGACGAAUACUGGGACCCGCAUGCCAUUGCAGGGCUGUUGAAGAGCUUCUUACGGGAGCUUCCAGCGAGUAUACUUACACGGGAGCUACAUUUGGACUUUCUUGCGGUUAUGGAACGCAAAGACCCGCAGGAACGGGUUCGGACGCUGUCGCACCUAAUCGCAUCGCUGCCAAUAGCCAACUAUAGCCUCCUGCGAGCCCUAACUGCGCACCUCAUCUUGAUCGUGCAGAACUCUGCAGUGAACAAGAUGUCCAUGCGGAAUGUGGGGAUCGUGUUUAGCCCGACACUAGGGAUCCCUGCUGGGGUGUUUAGUCUGAUGCUAGGCGAAUUUAAUCAAGUGUUUAAUGUGGGUGAUGUUGAGGAAGAGCUAGCGGAGGAUUCGCGGCGGAAUAGUCGGCAGUACACUGAUGGAGCUGCCGACCAGUUACUGGGACUUGCUGGACGGACGCUGACUGCGCCAGCGGAGAGUGACGGAGAGUACUCGUCAUCGGUUGCAGACGAUACGGAUCAGGAGAGUGCGGUGUCUGGGCCUGACGCUGGGACGCCGCCUGAUACACCUCGACUGGGCAAGGCAGCUGGAGUUGCUGCGACGCGUGGGCUAAAUGUUGCAGUGAGUGAGAGGGGAAAUCGGUAUUCUCGAAUUGUCGGGAGUCCCCGGGCACCACCAAGUCCCGCUCCCUCCGGGUCGCCUGUACCGUUAUGAUUUUCUAUUCCUUUUGGCUCAUCUUGAACAUUGUCAUCUAUCGCAUUUUUCGAUUGUUGUGUUUAUUAUACCCCCGUACGAUGUGGAAUGUGUAUUUUGUGUCACAUGACGAAGCG